CAACAACACCAACAAGAGCAACCAAAGUCAUAGCAGCAGCAGCGACAGCAGCAGAAUAUAUAUUAAGACAACAAUUUCGAAAAUAUUGUGCACGUCGCCUGCAGCGACGUCAGCGUCGACGUUGACAGAGCGCAACACGCGCGCCUUCAAAACAUACUCACACACACAUAGGCAAAUAUACAUAUGCAAAUGCAUGUAAAAGCUAGCGGCGCAUCAAGCGCCAAGCAGCGCAGCGCCGUCGGCAAAUGCAGCAGCGCCUAAUUUGAAAGAAAGAUAAAGAUAGCGAAAAUAAAACCGGAAAAAUGCGCGAAAUCAAAUGAAGUUCAACCAAUUGUGCCAAAUUGUUAAUGUUCUAAAGAAAUAAAACGUAAAAAUAAUUUAAUUGAAAUAUUGAACGAAAAUGUAAAAGCUCGCCCAACAGUUUUUUUGUAGCAGCAGAAGAAACAACGUCAAUAAACCAUAGAGUGAACUAUCGAGCGUGUUAUCGAUAACUGUGCGAUGACCGAAUACGUAACGCCGAUGAUCAGCAGCGUGCUGAAAAAGUACCAAACGAGCGCUACGAAAAGUUUGCAGGGUCCCGCCGUGGCUCUAAUUAAAAAGGAAAUAAGCAGCUCACCUGAACCACAUGACCUGCACACGCAUGAGCCGGCAAACGCCAACGCUGGUUCCGCUGCUCACAGCGAACGGAACCAGCCGAUAUACGCAGCGCCGCUGCCGCUGCCGCCAGAACUGUCACAGCCCAUCCUAACGCAGCCGGACACCGACUGCGGCGAAUUGUAUGUGACGCGCUUGGAGGGCAAGGCGAUUGGCUGCUUCUCGAUGGGCGGCGAAAUGCGUUUGUGCCUGCCGCAGUUUCUGAACAAUGUGCUCAGCGAUUUCACUUUAGAUCAGAUCAAUGGCAUUUUCGAGGAUCUGGGCAUCUCCUGUUCGCAGUGCACGCCCGAGCAACUGGUCGAGUUCAAGGCCGCCAAGAUUUUGCCAUCGGAUGUGAAGGGCAGCGGCCUGAUCACACGCACCGAUGCGGAACGCCUCUGUGCCGCGCUCCUGCAUCGCUCCGAUCGGAACAGCUAUGUGCCCGUCGAGAGCCUGGGCAAGGGCGCCCUCAGCUUUCAGGUGUAUCACAAGUGCUUUGGCAAGUGCGAGGGCAUCUGUACGCCGGAUAUGUAUUCGUAUCAAAAGCCGACGUGCAUUCAGUGUCUCGAAUGCAAUUGCUGGUUUUCGCCACAGAAAUUCGUGGGUCAUGUGCAUCGCAAGGUGGAGAAUCGCACCUGUCAUUGGGGCUUCGACUCAAGGAAUUGGCAUGAUUAUCUUCAUGUGGCGCUCGAUGUCGAGAACCGAGAGAAAUAUCAACGUAUUUUGGAUCAGCUCAAGGAGGUGGAACUCAAGGAAAUGCACAAGGCGCAAUGCGAACUGGAUCACAAGAAGCGAAAGGUAAGGGCAUAA